GGCAUGCCGCAGGAGGCCGUCGGAGAGCCAGCAGCUGGUAGUGAGCCGUGAGAGCGGAGCGGGGCAGCAGCGGACGGUCAGCGCAGCGCACGCAGCUCCCACUACAUGUGAGAUCCGCCGAGCCUCCACUCACCGCGCGGGCCACGGAGAAUAUGCUGUUCGCGCGCCUGGCGUGUCCCCGAAGCGGCUUUUGAGUCCUCGCUGUCACCCGCUCUACAUUUUGGAGGAUUCCUCCCUCCAUCCUCCGGAUCGCACCGAACAGGCAAUGACAACGGUCUCAGCAACCCCGCAGCAGAUGAGGGACCGGCUGCUGCAGGCCAUCGACAGUCAGAGCAAUAUAUGCAAUAUGGUGGUUGUAUUGGAAGUAAUUGCCUGUCUUGAAAAGUAUCCUAUCACCAAAGAAGCACUUGAGGAAACGCGACUUGGGAAGCUGAUCAACGAUGUGAGAAAGAAGACGAAGGAUGAGGACCUUGCGAAGCGGGCUAAGAAACUCUUGAGGAACUGGCAGAAGCUGAUUGAGCCGGGACAGGCUGUGGGCCCGAGUACGCCCGGUUCCACCAAUGGCAGUUCUCAUCCCUGCAGGACGGAUUCCUCUUCUCCGGAGAUACCCGCGUCAGGGAAAAGUGUCCCUGAAGGCAAAAUCCGAAAUGAUGUUCACAACACGUACUCGCCGAAAGCGGAGAAAUCAGGCAGCCGCAAACGGCGGGCAGAGCACAGGGAAAGCGGCGUGCAUUUACCGGAAAAGAUCUGUAAGCUGUCUUCGUACGACAACUCGGUCUCCCCGCUGCCCAUCAACGGGACGGCGGGCAGCCCGGACGCCCCACCCGACCCGGAGGUGGUCCCGUCUCCCGACAGAUCGCGAGUCGAGCACCUUGAUAGUGACAAAAUGCCCAGGAUCCCAGUGAACGCCGUCAAGCCGCGGCCCAGCUCCCCCGGAGUGGCCAAGCUCCCGAGCACUUCCUCCCUGAUCAAAGUUGCAGUGAUGCAGCAGCAGGCCCGUCUCGACGAGGGGGGAGGGGGGGGCUACCAGGCCAAAAGCCCCCGCGGCCUCACCACCAGCCCUAGGAGCGCCAAGCAGGACGCCAUGGCGAAGCGCCUCUUGGCGUACGCUCCGAAGGGCACGCCGGUCCCGAGCCCUUCCCCCAGGGACUCCCCCCUGCCCUCCUCCCCCGCUCGGGGGUCUCACGCCAACAAGCCGCUACAUUCUUCCCACAGGUCUUCGACGCAGUGGGCGGGCUCAUCCGAAGCCCCCGCCCCUCACUGUCCGCCGCCGCCGGACGCCCCCGCCACACUGGAGUCCCCGUCGCCCUCCCCCUCCCCGCCCCCACAGAACUCUGAACUCCACCGACCCGCGGCCGAGGGCGCCGUCGAUGACGUGGACGGGACGCCGGCGCUCAACUCGGAGCAUAAACGGAGGAAGUACAGACCGAGAGACUAUUCUGUCAACCUGGACGGGCAGAAACUAGAAGACACCAGCAAGCCGGUGCGGUUAAAAGAGCGGCGGAUCACCUUCGACCCCGUCACGCGUCAGAUCAAGCCGCUGCAUAAGGAGCCCUCGCACGUGGAGGACGCCCCCACGCCGGACCCCGCGCAGUCCAGGCAGGGACCUGAAAGCACUGUACAGCAGCCCCCCGCGCCCGCACCCGCGCCCGCCCCCACCCUGGGUCCCGGGCCCAACCCCUUCCACCAGGCCAACUGGAAGGAGCUGUCCCGGAACGAAAUCAUCCAGUCGUACUUGAACCGGCAGAGCAACGUGCUCUCCUCCUCGGGGGUGCAGACCCCCGGCGCACACUUUUUCAUGUCCGAGUAUCUGAAAAGGGAAGAGCAGGAGAUCAAGGAGGCCAAGAAGACGCACGUCCUGCAGACGGACAACUCGGUCGUGGAGACGCCGGGCGUGAGCCGGGCGCUGACGGAGCAGGACUUGGACAGGAUACACACGCAGCGCUGGCCCGGCGUCAACGGUUGCUACGACAGCAAGGGCGCCUGGUUCGACUGGACAGAGUGCAUAUCACUGGACCCUCACGGGGACGACAGUAGACUGAACAUCCUGCCAUAUGUUUGCCUAGACUGAGCCCCGCCCCCCCCCAUAACAGAAAGCAGCAGAGAUUUAGUGGUUUUUUGUUUGUCCGUCGCCACUUUGCAGGCACGCGAAACUCCUCCUCCUCCUCCUCUCUCUGUGAUCCUGGUAUGAAAAGGUUUUUAAAACAAAAACAAAGAAGAAAAAAAGUUGAGUUUGUGUUAUCAAGGGCUGUUUCUGUUUUAUGUUUCGAAGUGAAAGCCACAUAAAUCACGAGGCCCGCGCCGCAAAGCGCUCCGUUCGCGCUUAGAACCGCCGAGGAGGCGAGGCGACGUCGGGACGCCUUUUCCAGGAGAGCCGUGGGGGGGUGGGGGGGUCAGCUGUGCGGUCCACGUUGGUGCCCAGAGAGGGUUUGAUAGUUCAUCUAGCACAGCCGGAGCCGAACACGUCCGAUUCUCAAAUGUUCGGCAGUUACAAGAAGCUUUACGAGAUAUAAAGAAUAAAUUAUAAAUUUCAUAUCCUGUAUACAUCUAUUUAUUUUGACCAGCUCAUUUAUGGGAUGUUCAUCCAAACACCGUCAAAGAAACUUUAGAUUCUUUUAGAGUUUUUUUUUUUUUUUCUUUUUCUUAUUCUUCCUCUCUCUCCUGUGUUUGCAUCAGCAUGUUGUUAGCCCGAUUGCUCGAGGAGGCGUACCAACGUCUGAAAAGAGCGGCCUUCGCAUCCGGUCAUUUACAUUCCAGACUCCACCCUCUCACCUGUCGCUCCGACCCCACCUGAAGCCAAAAUGUUCCAGAGACGAGCCAAACUCCCUUCACCAAACAGUUCCUGAUCGGAAGUUAAUAUUAAUCAAAGCUCGGCGUCGUGUUUGCUACGGUCCCAUCGACACAGUGCGGUGCUAACUUCAGAUUCAGUCCAUCCAACUUUACCGUCUUCAGCGGUGUGGAAUUCACUCACGUCGAUCAGUGUUUGGGUUUUACGGAUGUGUGAAUGCUGGAGUGCACUUUGUUUCCAUUCCUGUAGAUAUUCCUUUCCCUUCUGGAAUCCCCCCCCCCCCCCCCCCCCAACCGCGUUCUGCCGAGUUCAGCAGCCUUAACGAAUGUUCGGGACGCCGAAGCCGACGUCUCGUUUGUACUCCGGGUGCGAACAGCGAGCCCCCGCCCCCCCCAUCCCCCCCGAAACACGCCGACUUGGAGACAAAAAAACUUGAUUGUUCAACCCAAAAGCUGCGAGUGUCGCAUAUUCUCUGCAUUUUCCAUGUGACAAACAACCUAAUCAGUGAGUUUGGAUUCCCUUUACGCUCUCGGGUCAGCGCCACUCGCAUGAUCCGCUCAUCGUUCACUCGUCCAUCCCUACCAAUGUGCCUUGGUGAAAAACGGUCAAUCUGGGUUUGAUUCCGCAUUAAAAACAAACAUUAAACACGCCUCUCCAGAGCUGAGUUUAUGUGAGAAGUCCAAAUCCCAGAUUAUUACGACGCUGGUAUAUGCACCGUUUUUUUUUUCCUUUUUUUUUUUUUCUUCCCGGUUACUUUUUGUACACACUGACGGAGCAAGGGCGACGCUGCAGACAAUGAGAAGCUGCACAACACAGCUGGCAAUAAAGGAAAAGUGCUUCAAG